AAACUGAAAUAAUAACGCGUUAUAAAAAGGUAUUUAAACAGUGAUUGAAUUAAAAAUCAUUUAGUUUACACGCAAUCUAUGAUUAAGCAAACAAAAUAAUUAGUUUUAAUUGAUCAUUGAUUUAUUCUUCCGAAUAAUAAAAAGAAAUAUACUUUUUUAGAUCCGAGGUCAAGAAUGACUACACGAAGUGUCGUACUGGCACUUGUGCUGACGAGUGUCUGCUUUGUUCUCGGACACCCUGAGCAAAAAGGAGAGGAGCCAACUCGAGCAAUGCUGACAAAAUCUGGUCCACUUGCACCAGGACAAUGUUCAAGCGAUUAUGAUUGUUAUCCUGGAGAUUGCUGUGUAAUGAGCGGUUACAGAUUCACUAUCCCCACGUGCCAGGAGCGACGUCAAUUAGACGAAAUUUGCCGACCCGAAGUCAACAAAAUAACGAACACUACUCUGACGUAUCCUGACAGCACCAAGUUUUAUGUCAAAGAAGCCCAUUAUGUGGUGUGUCCUUGCAAGAAAGGGCUUGUUUGUGGUAGAAAAACUGGCUCUUGUCAUCAAAUUCACGAUGAUGAGCAGGAGGAGAUUGAGAAGUUUAUUAAAACUAAUGGUGUUAGUGAUGAAAAUUGAUCUUGGUUGAUAUCUAGAUUUUAGAUUGUUAAAUUUUAGUUUGUAGGACAAUUUUUUUUUUUUUUUUUUUAAUUUUAAUGUU